AUGGCCGACCAAGAGGAUUACUCCUCUCUCCCUCUUACGGAAAGAUUUGCGCAUAAGAUAUGGAAAGUACGGAAAGAGGGCUACGAAGAGGCCAAAAAACAAUUUGAAAUAUCCCCAGAUGAAGACGCUCCAGUGUUUCGACCGUUCCUACAAGAUCCGUCUAUUUGGAAGGGUGUUGUCGCGGAUACGAACGUUGCUGCUCAGCAGGAGGGCCUUGCUGCAUAUUGCUCCUUUUUACAAUAUUCAGGCUACCAGGCCUGCAACAGAACACGGACUGUUACGGCCGCACCUAUAAUCGAAAAGGGCCUUCCCCAGACUCGCCCCGCUGCAAAAGCGAGUGCACUCGAAGCGCUGUUGCUUUUUAUCGAGCUUGAUAAACCGGAACCAGUUGUUGAAGAGCUUGUCGCUGCACUCUCGCAUAAGACACCAAAGGUGGUGGCUGCUGCUCUAGCAGCCCUUACCGCUGUGUAUCAUAACUAUGGCAUCAAAGUGGUUGAAACAAAGCCGGUUCUGAAAGCUCUGCCAAAAGUUUUCAGCCAUGCAGAUAAGAACGUGAGAGGAGAGGCCCAGAACUUGACAGUGGAGCUUUACAGAUGGCUCAAAGAAGCCCUUAAAGCCACCUUCUGGAAUGACUUAAAACCGGUGCAACAGCAGGACCUAGAGAAACAAUUUGAAAAAGUGAAGCAGGACCCUCCUCCCAAGCAGGAACGGUUUACCCGCACACAACAAGCAGCCAUGGCUGAAGCCAGUGCAAAUCCUGGCGCUGAAGAUGGAGAUGAUGCGGAGGGUGAGGGUAUAGAAGAUGAUGGUGAAGUCGAUGUCUAUGAUCUAGUGGAAGCAGUGGACAUAAUAGCAGCGGCACCAAAGGACCUGCACCAGAACCUAGCAUCAUCCAAGUGGAAGGACCGGAAGGACGCCCUGGACGAUCUAUACAAGGUUGUCAAUGUUCCAAAGAUCAAAGAGGGAAAUUUUGACGAGCUCUGUGGUGACCUUGGGAGAUGCAUGAAAGAUGCGAAUGUCUUGGUAGUGACAGUCGCAGCGAACUGUAUCUGUGCGAUCGCAACUGGACUUCGACGGGCAUUUGCCAAAUACCGCGCUGUUGUGAUGCCGCCAAUGUUGGAACGACUGAAGGAGAAGAAGGCCGCCGUAUCAGCCGCACUAGGCCAAGGAUUAGAUGCCGUGUUUUCGUGCACAAGCUUGAGCGAGUGCCUGGAAGACAUCCUUGGGUUCUUAAAGCACAAGAAUCCCCAGGUGAAGCAGGAAACCUUCAAGUUCCUAGUCCGCUGUCUACGAACUACCAGAGAUGUACCUUCGAAGGCGGAAGUCAAGUCGAUAGCUGAGGCAGGAACGAAACUCCUCACAGAUUCAAGCGAAGUCACUCGAUCAGGAGGUGCGGAAAUAUUGGGAACUCUCAUGAAGAUUAUGGGUGAACGCGCAAUGAACGCAUAUCUGGAUGGACUAGAUGACAUUCGAAAGACCAAGAUCAAAGAGUUCUUUGAAACGGCAGAGGUUAAAGCGAAGGAUAGGCCAAAGCCCAUCAUAGGCCCACCAAAAACUACCGCUACGCCAGCAAAGAAACCAAUCGGUAAGAAGCCACUGGGUGCUAAGAAACCUGCUCCUUCCGCCGCCGCCGCCCCAAGCGAACCUCCCGCGUCACCAGCACCUGCGAAGAAGGCUGUCCCCAAGAUAGGAGCCCCUCGUGGCCUAGCUACUCCCGGAUCCGGAUUGAAAUUGAAAGCCAAACUGGGCGGACCGGGUGGUGCUGCUUCACCACAGCGUCGCGUGGUAUCACCUCCAAUGGAGGACCCAGCGGCGCUUCCUCCACCACCUCCUAAAUUUGGAAUUGGCGGUGGUGGCAGAGGCCUAGCUGGUCGCCCGAUAGGCAAACCAAGUGCGCCUGUCCAAGAGCAACCAAUUGCCCAAGUUCCCACUGGUUUAUCUGCUAUUGAAAGAGCCGAACUGGAAGAACUUCGAGCAGAAAAUGCAAGACUAUCUAAGUUGACUGAAGAUCUACGAGCAGAGCGAUCAAGACUAUCGUCUGAAGUCCAUGAACUUCAAAAUCAAAACGCUCAGCUGAUAGAAGACCAUACACGAGAUGUGUUAAGCAUCAAGGCUAAAGAAACUCAACUAGUUCGAGCACGAGGUGAUGCAGAGACCGCAGAACAAAGCGUUCAAAAGCAGCAGCGAGAGAUCGAGAGGCUGAAACGAGAGCUUUCGCGUGCUAUGAGAGCGGGAGCAUCCAGUCCGCCAAUGACUAUACCUGACAUGAGCCUCAAUAUGGGCAUCAGCGAUAAUGCAGGCAUCUACCAAGAUGAUAUGCAUCGUAUCAACGGGACUCCCUCUCGGGCCAGCCUUCACAUGGGAUCUAGAUUCGAAAGCGCGCGGCCAAGAAGCUUUGUCUCAUCAAGCCCGAGUGAAGAAAAGGAGAACACAGGUAUGGUUUCUCCAGCUUUGAGCGCUGGGUUCUCAAGCCGCAGAAAGUUUAGCCCACCAGCUGGGUCUGCAUACUCUUCAGGCAGGGGUAGCCCGGCAAGGACUUCGAGAACACCUACAGGCGAUGGAUCCGUAUCAAUCGAACCAUCAGAAAAUUGGAAGAGAGCCGCGGAAGUGACAAGCCAGUUGAAGGCUAGAAUAGAGCAGAUGAAGGCAAGACAAGGCUUGUCAAGACCACCUCCUUCGCAUUAG